AUGGAUGUAACAGGAGGAGAUAACUUCUCAAUGUCUAUUGGAAAGGAGAGAGCUAGUGAAGAGAGUAGUGUAAUUUCAACGAUAAAUGUUGGUGUCAUUGGCGAGGAAGGACUACACCACGACGAAGAGUCUACCUCUUCUUCUUCUGUAUCAAAGCUUCCAGACUUUACAAAGGCAUUCAAUGAUAUGUUCUUUAGCACUGUACCAAAAGAUAAAUCACCUUUGGAUAUUCUUAAAAAUGAUGCAUUCAAUGGUUUACUUGCUGCUUCUCCUCUUAGAGGUUUAGCUUGGAGGAUAUUCCUUGGAUGUCUUGAAACUGAUAAGAUGAAUACAUGGGAGACCACAAUAUCAGAACAAAGACAACUUUACCAACACUUGGUAACUACUCAUUAUGUCAAUCCAAGAGAUCAACAACAACAACAAGUUGUUUUCGAUCCAUUAUCAAACGAUGAGAAUUCACCAUGGAACAAGUUUUUUAGAAAUCAAGAAAGACAAAAGACAAUUACAUUGGAUAUUGAAAGAACCUAUCAAGAUUUUGAAUUCUUUCAAGAUCAACAAACUAAAGAUAUUAUGUUGAGAAUACUUUUUAUCUAUUCAACUUCAACACCAGAUAUUUCAUAUAGGCAAGGAAUGCAUGAGCUACUUGCACCCAUGCUUUAUUUAAUUACACACGAGGUUGAAAAGUACAAAAAAUCAGAAUUGGAAAAGAUAGAGGUCGAUCCUCAAGUUUUACAUGCAUCAUGGGUCAAUAUCAUCUAUGAUCCAAAUUAUAUCGAACACGACGUCUAUAUUUUGUUUAGUAAACUCAUGAAAACUAGUGUCCAUUGGUUUGGUGCUACUGGAGGCGCAGGCAAUACAAGUCCAACAAAUACACCUGUAAUGAAACAUCAUUCAUUAAGUGAUGAUCCAAACAAAGAACCACAACAACACAAUGAAACAAUAGUUGUAAAUCAAGCAGUUAUUAAAUGUAAAACGAUUAAUAAUUUACUUAGAGCAAAGGAUGUAGAAUUAUACAAUCAUUUAGAGUCACUUGAUAUCGAACCUCAACUCUACCUAUUAAGAUGGAUUCGUUUAUUAUUUGGUAGAGAAUUCCAUCUCGAAGAUGUAUUAUCAAUGUGGGAUGCUAUAUUUGCAUAUGGAGACAAUUUACAUUUAAUUGAUUUUAUUUCAAUUUCAAUGUUAUCUUUUAUUAGAGAUCAAUUAAUUGGUAAAGAUAAUAGUUCAGUAUUAAAAAGAUUAUUUAAAUAUCCACCAGUUGAAGACAUUCAAUAUUUGAUAAGAAAGGCAUUCUCGAUCAAAGAUACACCGGGACCUAUUAAUAAUAGUAUAACAACUUUUGGUCAGAUAACUUCGCUUCCAACCACACCUUCAUAUAUAUCUUCGACGACAUUUACACCAAUUACAUCUGUACUUAAUAAUAAUCCUACCUUUAAUCCAACCAAUCCCAACAAAUCAAAUUAUCGAAAGACAAUGAGUCAUCUUUCCGCUCCAUCAAGAGAUGAUAUUUCCUCUUCCACCACUUCCUCGUCCUCAUCUGCAUUUUCUGGGUCAUCGAAUAAUCCAUUAUCAAAUUCAGCAACAUUUACACCACCACCACCCGCUCAACCUCGUAAACCAGCUUCAAUAUUUUCUUUAACUCCAACUGAUGAUAUACUUGGACUUGGUGGUCUUAGUAUUGGUAUUAGUAAAACAUCAACAAAAUCCUCUUCUUCUUCUUCAUUUGUUUCUUCUUCAUCUUCUUCAUCAACCAAUGCGACAUCUACAUUCACCUCUUCUUCAAACACAUCUACUUCAACAUCAACUACUACUAAUACAUUUACCAAUACAUCACCACUUAUACUUGGUACACCACCAAAUCAAUCUUCAGCCAUUUCAACACCAUCAUUUACAUCAUCUACACCAUCAUCGCUUGUUUCGUCGGAUGGCAAUAUGACAGUUGUUGCAACGUCGGCAGCACCUCUUACAACUACAUCUGUUAACCUUAAUACUGCAAGAAGUAAUUAUUUUAACCCUGUAGCCUCACCAAAGGAUCUCUUGCCCAAACAAUCAUACGUUUCGAAAAAGGCCAAUCCAAAGACGAAUCCGGCCAAGAGACUUCGAAAUGCUCAACGUUAUUUGGGCAACCAGUUGGGCAACGUCAUUCCCAUACUCCAAACCAAUAUUGUAGAGAAUACUUCAUUGGCAAAUCACGAUGAAUUGGUAUUGGCCGUUGCAAACAUUAAACAAAUCAAAGAUAUGUUGUUGGGUGACCUUCCCAUCGUAUGGGAUGACAUUCCGGACAAUGAAUUUGAUGAUGAAGACGAUACCACCAAUAUUGGUAUCGAAGAUCCAUUAUCAAAAUAA